AUGGGAUUACUAAUUUAUAAAAUGAUUGGCAGUGUGCUGGGUGUGAGUGAAAAAAAGCCGAAAAUUAGGAUUAAAAAUUUGGACUCGCGACUUGAGAGUUUUAUCGACUUAGUGGAAGAAAGUGGAUAUCUAGGUGAAGAACACAGAGUAAAAACAGAAGAUGGGUAUGAUUUGACGGUCCACAGAAUCCCAGGCGGGCCUCAGAGUCCUGUUAGAUUUGGAAAACCAGUUAUUUUGUUACUACACGGAUUAAUGUCCGCGUCUGAUAUAUGGAUCCUACGAGGCCCAGGUCAAGAUCUAGCCUACUUGCUCUCGGACGCGGGCUAUGACGUUUGGGCGAUAAACGUACGGGGUAAUUACUACUCUACAUUACACAACAGCAUUACAAAUAACUCAGCCUACUGGGACUACAGCUGGCACGAAAAUGGAAUGUACGAUGUACCAGCGACGAUAAAUUAUAUACUGUCGAAAACCCGGAAGAGUGAGCUGUCACUACUAGGGUACUCUAUGGGAGGAACUGAAAUAUUGGUCCUACUAUCUUCAAGACCUGAAUUUAAUCAUAAAAUUAACAUCGCUAUUACUUGGGCCCCUGCUGCCUUGGUUUCUCAUGACAUACCCGGAUUUUUUCCUAAUUUCCUCUUUCGUCAUAGCAAACAAAUAAAGGAUUUGUUCAGCGAGUACAAUUUAUACCAAGUAAUGCCGCGAGUUAGCAAACAAUGGUCUGAUUUUUUAAAUGUCUGGUUCAGUUUAUGCUGGAGAUUAAAUAUCAAAUCAAUUUGUUUAAAAUUACUCGAUGUUACUUUGGGAUUUAAGAAUCUUAAUGAUUUAGAUUUGGCGUUAAUUUUGCGUAUUAAGGACCAUUAUCCUCAAGGAACUUCUUUAAAAACUAUUUUACACUACGGCCAAGUUUUUAAAAAUCGAAGAUUCCAGCAAUACGACUACGGAAAGAUGAUCAAUUUGAUAAAAUACAACGAUAUGAUACCACCAGAAUAUCCACUGAAUAAAAUAACAACUCCUUUAAUUAUUUACUACGCUCGAAAUGAUAAACUAGUUACCAAAAAUGACGUUGAGAUGAUGUUAAAAAAAAUUCCUACUGCAAUCGCCAAAGAAGUACCUGACGAUAAAUUCGGACACUUGGAUUUUAUAAUUUCCAAGAACAUCAAACAUCUCGUCUACGACAGGAUUGAUGCAAUCGACCUUGUUCGCUACCGUCCUCCUUAUUAUAUAGCGAUCGCUAUUUCGCAAAAAAUUGGAAAAAUGUUGACAUUUAGGGGAAAAUACCGCGGCCUUGACAUGUCUUAUUGA